UUUGCAGCCAAAGCAGGAAAUACUGAGAUCGUCAGGUUAUUGUUAACAAGGGAUGAUGUGAAGACAGACUCAACGGAUACAUAUAACCGGACGCCACUUUCGUUCGCUGCCAGGACGUCGAAGAGGCGCUUCUGGUUCCGGGGUAUAUACCCUAUCCCCAUCGAUACAGAUGAUGAUGAUGACGACGACGACAAUCAUGGGCUUUUACACCAACGUUCUAGGAUCGAUUACUCGGUCGUCGAGUUACUACUUGCAAGAGAAGUUAAUAUUAAUCGGAGAGACGAACAUGGUCGGACAAUUCUGUUCAGAGCAGCAAAAGACGGAUUUGAGCAUUUUGUAAAGAAGCUACUCACCAGAGAAGAUAUUGACGUGAACCUGCCGGACAAAAAUGGGGACUCACCACUACAUUGUGCGGUGCGGUCUGGAUGUCAAAAUGUAACAUCCUUGCUCCUU